AUGCGUGGACCCAUCAGAGAAGGGAUUCUGAAUUGUUGAUUUUGUUGAUAGAUUUCACAACUUUUGUCGUCGUCAUUAGAGUCUUUGGGCUCUGGAGUUAUUGAUGCUAGAUGUCAUUUCGGAUCUUAUCUCACGUCGUAUCGAGUAAAGCGUAGCAACAAACGGAAUUCUCUGGAAAUUUAUUCUUCAAACGGAGUCAGGGGUUAAUCCCACUUGGACAUUGAUAAAAUGAAUCGAGGUGUCUGCCUCUUGUGGGUGGUGAGCUCCCUUCUGCAUAUUUCUGCUGUCCUUUCACAAUCAGAUGUUGAUGUAGCGAUCGCUGAUGCAACUGUUGAUGGAACGGUUGGUGGAACGGCUGAAGGCGACUCACUAUCACCAGACGAGAUAUUAGCUAAUAACAAUCUGGCCGACGAGACUGAUUUAAAAUUGGGAGCCUUGGAAAUUUUUGCGGAAAAGGUGCUUUCCCUUACGAAUGACCUUCCGCCGGAGUACUGCAAAGAUCUCACUAGUACCGGAUUCAUAUUUUCGGGUGACUGUUCCAGUGAGGCAGACACUAAAUAUCGCAGAUUGGACGGAACUUGUAAUAACUUGGAAUUUCCAAGCUGGGGGAAAGCUCACUGGCCUCUUCUUAGAAUAGCACCAGCAGCCUAUGCAGAUGGUAUAUCCGAGAAGAGAGCACACAGUAACCCUAAGCUGUCAUUGCCGAAUCCUCGUGAUGUGUCAGUGAUGAUAGGUACCACCGCUGACAUCGAAGGAAAUGAUCCCUACGGUUCCAUGGCAUUGGCUAUUCUGGGCCAGCUCAUUGACCACGACGUCGCCCAUGCUCCACAAUUCGGAUCGACAUGCGACGAUUGUUCGUCACCAGUUCAUUCAUCAUGUUGCCCCAUCAAAAUAGACGUCGACGACCUAUUUUACAAGGGUGAAACGGAAUGCAUGGCGUUACCACGUACCGUUGGGAUAAAUGCCAAAGUCUGUGCUUCCGACAGCACCGAUGCUCUGCCGCGUGAACAUCUUAAUGACAUCACUGCGUACCUGGACGCAUCAGCGGUGUAUGGGUCAACACAAUCAGAACUUGAUGAGCUAAAAGAUGGUUACCUCAUGAAAACCCUUGAACAUCCUGCCGGCUUGCUUCCAUUCUUACCUGUGGAUAGUACCGAAAAAAUGUGUCGUGGUAUGGAUGAGGCGAGGAACGUUGGAUGUGCACUCGCCGGCGACUCGAGAGCUUCAGAGCAGCCAACGCUGACAGGAUUCCAUACGAUGUUUGUCCGAUACCAUAAUGUGAUCGCCAGGCAAAUUAAGGAGCGCAACAACGAAUGGACUGAUGAUACAAUAUUCGAAGAGACCAAAAAGAUCGUGAGUGCAGUCUUCCAACAUAUUGUUUACAACGAAUACCUUCCAGCUCUUUUGGGCGCGAAGCCCGUCGAGCACUUUGGCCUGAAAAUUAGGAGAGGACGAAGCGAUGUAUACGACGAAACUGUCAGUGCUACAUUAUCCAAUGAAUUUGCCGGCGCAGCCUACCGUUUAGGUCAUAGUCAGAUUCCAGUUGAACUUGAGACCCGUAGCAAUGACAACAAACCUUUGAGAAGCGUUCAACUUCGUCAUGCCUUCUUCAACGCAUCUGCGAUUUACGACAGUGAAAUUAACGGUAUGAACGGUUUUAUUCUCGGAAACAUCAACCAGAGAGUGAACAAAAUCGAUCGCCAUUUUUCUUCUGGGAUUCAGGGUCAUCUCUUCGAGGAUGAAGAAACUGGACGCGGUCUCGACUUGAUAGCUAUUAACAUUCAGAGGGGACGCGAACACGGCCUCAAUUCCUACACGGUAUACUAUGAAAAGUGCAACCAUGACAAGAAGAUCUCCUCCUGGAAUGACUACCUGGGUGUUUUCCAGGACGAUUACCUUAUUAAAGAACUCGCGAAUCUCUACGGCCCCGAAGGGUAUCGCGAAAUUGACCUCUUCAUAGGUUUAAUGAUUGAGAAGCACGUGGAAGGAGGUCGGGUUGGACCUACCCUUGCUUGUAUCGUCGGUAACCAGUUCAGGCGAUUUCGUCAUGGAGAUCGCUUCUGGUAUGAGAGGAACGAACCAGAGGGUUUCUCAGACGCUAAGCUAGCUGCUAUCAAACAGGUGUCAUUGUCAAGUGUGAUCUGUAGUACACUGGAUAAUAGUGACGAACUCCAAGUCCAACCUUAUGCCCUGUACACCCCGGUGUGUCAAUGUGACUCUGUGAGCAAUGGACAAUCCUGGGUGGAUUAUUCCAUGGAUAACGAAUUUCCGGGUGUCCAUUUGGAGCUGCCUGGAUUCACUAAUCAUCGUGUAAAGUGCAGCGAUGAACGUGCAAUACCCCGACUGAACCUCGAUCCGUGGAAGGUGGAGACAGUGUCGUAUACGGAUCCUGAAGUUCUUGCGGUUAAAGAGCCGGUUCUGGACGUGAUUAGUGAGACGGUCUCCUUGGAUGACGGAAGAGACAAUUUACUUUUAACAGUUUAAUUCAUGACGUCGUCGUAAUAUCACAAAUUUAUCUCCAAAGCCAAGAAGAAACCAUUGUUUUGUACACUCCGUACUUUUGGAUGGGAGGGGAUAGACUAAAUUUACCACAUUUUCUCUUGUACCAAAAAUUCACUAAUAACCAGCUGAUAACGAUUCAUGCAAACACGAACAAAAGUCGGCAGAUCAAUGAUAUUUGGGGUAUUUAAUCCUUAUUGUAAGGUACAUACAAUUAAAAUUGACAAAUUGUGAGCGGAACCUGAAUAUAUAUAUAUGAUUACAGAAAAAAAGGGAUUCUAUGAGAUACGUACAAUGCUCUCUCCUUCCGUCUGGAUAUACAUGUAUUGGACAAAUGUUCACUUAAAAGGAUUCAAAUCAGGAAUACAGCUUCUAUUUACAUUAUCUAAGCAAUCAUUCUUUAGUUCUAUAUGACGACAUGGAAGUAAAUGAAAAAAGUGCACUGUCCAACACAAGUGAAAUUAUAAUACCAAUCCUUUAUAUUUCUGUUUGCACAUCUGUACAUGACAGAAUAUUGUUUCAUCCUCAUGAUAUAUGAUAUUUUUUCUCAAAAUUUAUUUCAACGAUGUAAUUUUAUGUUUUCAUCUUUAUUUUCGGUUAAGAAAGGGAACAUUAUUGGUUUAGGUAGAUUCUAAGUUAUUUGAUGGUUAGGUUUUGUUUGAUCUCCGUAAUCAAUUAUAUUUUUUAAUUGAUAUCAGGUGAAUAGUGUUCUUAAAAUAACAGCAUUAUGUAAUCAUCAAUAUAGAUUUCAAUUUGACCCACAUAAUUAGAGAUUAAGUUCCUCAUCAUGACAAUGCCUUGUUUAUAUUUUUCCCAGUGUGUAAUUAUUCGAUGAAUUUACCCUCUAUCUAUAUAUUCAGUGUUGGCUUUUCACAUUGAGACACAAAACUCACUGUUCAUUAUGAUUUUAGAUCAUUUUUAAAUAAUUAAGGGUAUUGGUGAUACUAUCUCGCAUUAUCUCUUUCAUGUAAGUCGGUAACUAAAUUGUGUACCUUUCAGAAUUCAUGCGAUAAUCGUAUUUUGAACGGAAACCUAUAUUUUUCCACAACUUGCUGAUUAUUGCUAUAGUCAAUGUUAUUAACAGCAUAGUAUAGCCGAAUUCCACUCCCUUUUAAACUCAUACAAAAUAUUUCAAGGUAAUAUUUGCUGCAAUAGCUUCAAUAAGGUUAGGUAUUGUAAAAUAAUAUGAACAAUUUGCAAUACAGAAAAUUACAUUUAUGUGUCAUUUAAAACUUUUAGAAUAGCAGAGAUGGUAGCCAUCUAAUUCUAAAUGUAAAAGAUAUGUGAUAAUAAUGAUAUACAGUAGUAUGAAACUAGAAUUAGUCUAAGUAUACUGAUGACAAUUAUGUUAAAGUAUCGGUGAUGAUAACUCUGGUAGUGAUAUUAAUAAUAAAAAUGAUAAUCAUAAUCAUAUUAGCAAUAUUAAUGUUAAUGAUAAUAUAAAUGGUAACAACAAUGAUGAUUAAGAACAAAAACAAUUGUAGCAAUACUUCUGUUACCUGGCUUAUUACUAUCUGAAAAUACUGCCGCUACAUCAAAGUCCAUGGAAGUUAUAAUGUUAAAUAAUAAUUAUAAUAUAUCCCCUUAGAA